GGAACAGACAUAGGAGUCAAGUGGCAAGGCAGUUCUGAGCCUUGUCACCGUGGCUGGCUACUGGCCAAUCUGGAGGAGCCUCGUCCUGUCUGGGUAACUGAGCUUCCUCCGGAGGAGGAAGGAAACAGUUAAUGUCUCAGGGCAGCUGCAAUCAGCUAGGCGGGGCUCUCUGGUUUGACUUGGGCUACACAGAUCCUGAGCCAAGGGACUGAGGAAGGACGCCUUAGUCCUAGUCUGCAGAGUCUCCAGAUGGCUGAAUUGGACCUGAUUGCCCCAGGGCCUCUGACCGGGGUCACUGUUCACCCUUUGGCCCCUCUUGGCCUAGACCCUGGGUCAGUUAUCCCAGUAGAAAAAGAAGAUGCAGACCCUCUCAGUAAGCCAGGCGACGAAACCCAGGGGCAGGGUCCUGACCCCGCGAAGCUGAAGCUCGGGGCUCCUGGUGAUGAAGAGGAGGGGCAGAUCCUGUGUGACUUCUGUCUUGGGGACAGCAGAGUAAGGGCAGUGAAAUCCUGUCUGACCUGCAUGGUGAAUUACUGUGAGGAGCACCUGCGGCCACACCAGGAGAACAGCAAACUGCACAGCCACCAGCUAACCGAGCCCACAAAAGACCAGGAUCUGCGUACCUGCCCUGUCCACCACAGCCCUUUGGUUUCUUUCUGCCACACGCACCAGCAGUGUAUCUGCCAGGAAUGUGGUGAGGGUGAACACAGAGGCGACAGUACUGUCUCCCUGGAUGCAGCCCGUAGGAACAAAGAGGUGGACCUUCGGUGCAUGCAGUUGGACCUGGAGCAGAAGCUCAAGUUGAAUGAAAAUGCCAUUGCCAGGCUCCAAGCCAACCAUAAGUCUGUUUUGGUGUCGGUGUCAGAGGUGAAGGUGGUGGCUGAAGAGAAGUUUGGGGAACUCCUCGCAGCCGUGAGGAAGGCCCAGGCUGAUGUGAUGCUCUUCUUAGAGGAGAAAGAACAGGCUGCACUGAAUCAGGUCAAUGGCAUCAAGACCCACCUGGAGCACAGGAGCAUCGAGAUGGAGAAAAGCAAGCAGGAGCUGGAGAAGUUGGCCUCCAUCAGCAACACUGUGCUCUUCCUGGAGGAGUACUGCAAGCUUAAGAAGGCAGAGGACACUGCCUUCCCUAGCGUUUACAUAGGGCUGAAGGAUAAACUCUCAGGCAUCCGCAAGGUCAUCACAGAUUCAACUCUGCACUUGAUCCAAUUGCUAGAAAGCUAUAAGGAAAAGCUCCAGGAGUUUUCCAGGGAAGAGGAAUAUGACAUCAGAACUCAAGUGUCUGCCAUUGUUCAACGCAAGUAUAGGACCUCAAAACCUGAGCCCAGAACCCGGGAUGAGUUUCUUCAAUAUGCAUGUGACAUCACACUUGACCCAGACACAGCACACAGGUACCUUCGCCUGCAGGAGGACAACCGCAAGGUCACCAACACCACACCCUGGGAACACCCCUACCCGGACCUCCCCAGCAGGUUUCUGCACUGGCGGCAGGUGCUGUCCCAACAGAGUCUGUACCUGCACAGGUAUUAUUUUGAGGUGGAAAUCUCUGGAGGAGGCACCUAUGUUGGCUUGACCUGCAAAGGCAUUGACCGUAAGGGGGAGGAACGGAACAGCUGCAUUUCUGGAAACAGUUUCUCCUGGAGCAUUCAUUGGAAUGGGAAGGACUUCACAGCCUGGCACAGUGACACAGAGACCCCGCUCAAGACCAGCCCUUUCCGGAGGCUCGGCAUCUAUGUAAAUUUCCCAGGAGGAACCCUUUCUUUCUAUGGCGUAGAAUAUGAUGCCAUGACUCUGAUUCACAAGUUUGACUGCAAGUUCUCAGAGCCUGUCUAUGCUGCUUUCUGGCUGUCUAAGAAAGAAAACGCCAUCCGGAUUGUGGAUCUGGGAGAGGAGCCUGAGAAGCCAGCUGUGUCCUCAGUGGAAGCUGCUCCCUAGAUUCUAGGAUCUGCCUCCCAGACUUUGCUAACUGUGACAACUGGGCAGGAGCUGGACAGAAUUAUCUGCUGAUGGUAGUUGGCUUUAGACAUUGCGUGAGUCCUGAAUGAACUUUCCUGCCUGCUUCUCAACACAGUUCUUGCAUGAAUGCAGAAACUCUCGGCACCAAAGCCUCUCUCCAAAUCUUUUAGUGAUAGUUGCCUGCCUGCUCAGGUGAUUGUCAACCUUCGUCCAGAAUUUCCAACUAGGGAUCUUCAAACCAUAACUAGAUUGCACGGGGAUCAUAAUAAAUCACAAACACAUCUCUGUGCGUUUCUUAUGUACUGGCCAGAGUUUGGAGUGCUUUCUCUGUGUUAGAUGUUCAUGGCAUCUUCACGGGGUAAAUGUUUAUAUUGUCUUUAUGCUACACAUUAGGGGACGGUGGCCAGGAUGGCUAACUUGUCUAGUCACCCAAUAAACGGGGGUAGGGGGCAGAGCUGGGAUUCAAGUCUGUUGUUGAACUUGUGACUACAUGUUAUGCUUACCUCCUUAGAUUAUGAAUGCCAUGCAUAAGGAGUAAACCACAUGCUAAGCCACAUAGCCAACAGUGUCUUCAGCAUCCCUCUUGAAUUUGUUUGUUUUUUCUGCAUGUGCCAGGCUCAACUUGGUCAUUCAGCCUUGCACCAUCUGAGCGAGCCCUCAUCCCUCACACAUCAUCAGCAUCAUCAGCAUCAGCAUCAGCAUCAGCAUCAGCAUCAGCAUCAGCAGCACAUAAUGGUUUCGAACAGCAAGAUUUAGAAUAAAUGUUUUCGCGAGGUCUCUUUGAGAGGAGUAGUCAUCCCCUCUUCUAAGGUUACCCAGACUUCAUGGACUAGUCUAUUUUCUUAUGCAAAGGGAUAGUUCCUCAGGUAUUUGGGGACAGUAUUCACCUCUCCCAGGAGCUAUACCUGUGUGUUUGCACUAAGCUGAUACUUUCUGCCAUGAUCUCAUUUUUCCCUGACACCCUGCUGAUGACUUCAUUCUCCCUUAGACAGAUGAUGAACAUCCAUCAAGCCUUUAUGUACACCGUCUUAAGAUGGAUUUCUGUUGCCCUGACCUAAAGUCCCUGAUGGGCUUUACCAGAAAUAUUACUUCCAUGUCUUUUCCCAUGACCUGUGUCAAGGCAAACCUUCCUGUUCAACCAGUCUUGUGAUCCUGUCUCAACCAUGUGUUCCUUUAGACUUAAUUGCCUUGAUUCUAAGACUCUGCACCUUUGUCUCUAAGGACUUAAAUACUUUUCACCUACUUCCUUAUGUCACUGGUGUGCAGUGAGAUAUUUUUUUGUGACCUAAUGUAUUACCUCUCCUAGCAGAAAUAGCUUUCCUGCAAAAUCAAUGGCCUUCUCUCAAGUCUCAGAUUAUUGAGAUUCUGAGAGGGCCAAAGGUUUAGCCACACACUAGCUUCUCAGUAGGAGAUCUGUGCAGAGGCAGGGAUCACUGUUGGCCUCCCUUUCCCACUGAACACAAUCAAAGAGCUUUUCUUAUCUUUUUUCUUUCCUUUUUAUUUGAGAUAGGGCCUCACGAUGUGGCCUAAGCUGGCCUGGGAUACACUAUGUAUUCUCGGCUGGCCUCAGACUCAGUUCUCUCUUCUUAGCUUUCCAAAAUCUCAGGUUAUAAGCAUGAGUUACCAGUGCGAUCGAUGCUCAGCUCAACAAAGGGCCUUUUCAGUGGCAGAAAUCAGUGUCUGAAUGUCUGGAGUUAGCAGUUAGAGAAUACUAUUCAAAAGAAAGAAUCAUGUCUUCCUGGCCUGCCCUUUCUUCUUUUCUUUUCAAAUUUAUUUUUGUCUUGAAUUUUAUUUUUAAUUGAUGUACAAUAACUGUAUAUUUAUGGAAUUCAGUGUGGCUUUUCAACACAUGUAUGUAGUAAUAACUAAGUAAGAGCGUAUACUUAUUCCUAACCCCAAAAGUAUUUAUUUGUUAUAAGGAUACUUCAAAUCCUGUCUUCCAAUUGUCUUGAAAAUAAAGCUGCUUU